UAAAUCCAGUUUGAAGUUAUUGUAAAUUCUUAAUACAGUACUGUACUGAUUUGAUUGAGCUAUUUUAUUACAAACACGUAGUAUUUUGUCUUCCAGUUUCAUGCAUGUUUUUAGGAAUGAAAAAGGUUUCUCUUAUUUGAAAUCUAGAACCUACGAGUACAAUCGUAAUCGUGCAUUAUUAGUAUACUUACUGUACUGCAGAAAAACUUCGGAUGCACUGAAUGUGUUACAGCGUCGGGAUUUGGAAAUUUAGUUUCUAUAAUGAAUCGUUGAAUUGUUCGAAUUUUUAUUUGGAUGAUUGUGAUAUUUGGGAUUUGGGACCUGGGACCUGCCACCAGCCACACCAAUAUUUCAUUCCGAAUCAGGGAGCAAAAUUUAUUUAGAAAUCACUGCAGACAUUUCCAUUUGAGAUUUAUUACGAUUAGCAUUUCAACUAACCACCAUGGAUACCGACGAACAAAGAAAGAGGAUGGGACUGCUUGAAUACCUGAAAAAAGUGAAAGAGCAAGUGGCUCAGAAAAACUGGCUGGAUUUAUGGGAAGGUGUCCGUAUUGUUGUUGGUAGCGAAUCAUGCGAUUUGGAUUCCGCGGUAUCAACACUGGUGUAUGCAUUUCACGUUCACAAGACGAGCGACGCUAAGUGUCUCGUGCUUCCGGUACUUAAUACUCCCGAGCAGGAUUACAUCCUGAAAACCGAAGUCGUCUUCGCGCUACAAGAGCAGGGCAUUGAUAGCAGUCAGCUGAUAUUUUUGGACCAAAUUACCAUUUCCAAAUCCAAACACUGGACCAAAGUGCAGUUAAUCCUCGUUGAUCAUUCCACUCCCGUGGGUAAACUGGCCGAUUCCCGAGCCACUGUUGCUGAAAUUGUUGAUCAUCGAGCGUUAGUUCCGGGGCAGGAUUACCCCGAAGACGCACUCCUGACAGUUGAACCUGUUGGCUCAUGUGCUACCUUGGUGGCAGAACGUUUGCUCAAUCAUCCCGACUCGUGUGCCCUGACGGCUACAACUGCUUACCUGCUCUACGAAACAAUUUUACUUGAUACUAUCAAUUUUUCACCGGAAGCACGCAAGGCUACUGCGAAGGAUCGCCGUGUGGCUGACGAAUUAGUGAAAAUGAUUCCAGUUACCGCUGUUAAACCGCCCCAGCAGAUUCUAUCGAGACUGUUGGAUGCCAAAGCGGAUAUUGCGAAAUUGAGCAUUUCCCAGUUACUGCAGAAGGAUAUGAAAAUCAUCACAACGGAAACACAGGAAGAGAUGAAAUUGGCUAUUUGUUCUCUGCCUGCAUUAAUAAAGGAACGUUGUAUUUCUGAGGCAGCUCAGACGGAGAUCGAACAGUUUUGCGAUCAGCGAGAAUUGGUUGGUGCGGUGAUUUUGGGUACUUCGAUUUUGUGUGAUGAGCAGUUACAGCGUGAUAUCUUGCUGUACGUCCCAGACCAUUUGCUGCUUAAUCGGAUUGUCAAUGCGCUGCAUGAGCGUCGUCGGAACUCGACGCUCCAUCUCCAGGCUAUUGACGAUAACUUCCGCCCGAAGAACCUCUCCUUCCGCUACUUUAACCAAACCAACGUGACAGCAUCAAGAAAGCAGAUUCUACCGGUGCUGCAAUCUGUGCUGGACACUGCCAGCGUGAUGCUGCCACCGUUCCACGGUGAACAGGAUGAUGAUGAUGAGAACGAGUCCAAUUUGGACAGUUAUCCUACUAGUGUUCCACCCAAUAGCUACGUGGGCGAGGGAUUUGUUCAUGAUACGCAGUCGGUGAUUGGACAUGUGACGCAGCGUGUGCAACGCAUGCAGACCGGAGGCAAUCCGCUGUAUUUUCCCACGAGUGGGGAGAAGCGAUACCGGUCGGAUAGUCCACUGGGAGAGCGGCUGUUUGAUUACGAUAAUAUUAAAGGAAGGAGCGAGCCGUUCACGCCCAGCAAUACCUUUGUGGAUGAAUCGGUGCUGAUGCAGGAAGGAGCGCAUCUGGACACCCAGCAUGUGGGCAUUUUGCAGAACAAGAUGACCUAUCUGAAACGCAGACAGGAGAGUGAUUAUGCCCGGGAGCCUAAUGAGCCGAAGGAUAGUGAAAUUGGCGUUUUUGAAAUGGAAGACGAUGAGAGCUUGUCGCGCGUGCCGAAGCAGUAUGGAAAGGCACAGUUUCCGAAAUGAGAUCGGAUACGUGUGAUUACGAUCGCGAUUGUAUAUGAUUUUUUAAAAUUUUUACUCUUUGUCAACUGUUUGGCUCUUAUUUUUUGGCUUUCUGCGAAUUCUGGAAUUAUUGUUGGUAUAUCAUACACUUUAUGUUAGUGUAGUGGGAUUUCAUUGCAAUUGGAAUUUGCGUCUGUAAGAGAAAUAAUAUUUUCGGGAAACCGG